GUUUUCAUCGUUUUGCAUCAGAUAUUGUCUCAAUUACAUACAUUUCAGAAAAACAAAUACAGAUUUCACUAUUGUUUCAACGCUCCCGAUUUCAUUUGUUCGAAUUAAAUCGAUCCACGCUUCAUUUUCCAACCCGAUGCCGAAAAAGGCGAAGACAUUUGGAUCAAAAGAUGAUAAUCCUGGAAGUGAAAAGAACUAAAUGAUGGGCCCAGUUCACCAGAGCACUGAUGGUAAAGUCAUGGUCAUAAUUCUAGCCAAGCCAGGAGCCAAACAGAAUGCAAUUACUGAUAUCUCUGAGGCAGGUAUUGGUGUACAAGUAGCAGCACCACCUGUAGAUGGUAAGGCCAACAUGGAAUUGGUUAAGUUCAUGGCCAAGACACUGGAAGUCAGGAAAUCUGAUGUGGUGCUGGAGAGGGGCUCAAAGUCUCACUUGAAAACCCUGGCAAUCACUGGUAAGAGCAGAGAAGAUGUGCUGGGCAUGAUCAGAUCUCAGAUAGAGACAGACCACUGAUGCUCAUAAAAACUUCCUAGGAUUCUUCUACAUGCAGUGUGGAUUUGAGUAGAGGUCAAUGACGUAAUGUGAUCCAGGGGCCACUGAAUAUCGUGAUCCUUCUGUGACGUCAUUUUUCUGUGUGUGGAGGAAUAUAAUGGCGCCUCGGUCUGGACUCAAUACAUCAAUAUACUCAUCCGACUCAAUGUUUAGUCUUAGUUCAAGUUCACCUACAGAAAAAAAAAAGAAUCCAAUCAUUGUCAAUGUAAUGAGCUUAAGAGUGUGUAAAUCACUGUCAUUCUUAUGGGACUCCUUGUUUUCUUUUCAUUAUUUUUCUGCGCUUAGGCAUAUUAUGCUUUUCUCAACUUUUGCAGAUUACUGUUAAAAUGAAAAGCAUAUAUGACAUAUUGUAUGAGAUAUUGUAAGUAUU